GCGUGGACUGAAAUCGAGUGAGCUAGCACGCGGCCAACUCUACGUAAACCCACAUUAUUUCCAUCUUCCCUAAUUGUUCGAUCCAAAACAUCCCCAAUCCAACGGCCAUUACACAGCCUCUACCCUCAAUUUCCUUUAGCGCUAAAGAUUACGUCUCUCGCACAACCAUUCAAAUUACAGCCUCCUUAUUUAAACCCCCUCGUCACCUUCCCUAUCUCAGCUUCGUCGCCACCUUUUCCUUUCCGAACUCUCUCUCUCUCUCUCUCUCCCUCUCUAAUUUCUCUCUCUAGAAAUGGCAGGUUCUGGAGUAGUGGCGGUUUACGGUAACGGAGCAAUCGCAGAGACGAAGAGCAAAUCUCCGUUCUCCGUGAAAGUAGGUCUGGCACAGAUGCUCCGUGGAGGUGUUAUAAUGGACGUCGUGAACGCCGAGCAGGCCCGGAUAGCCGAGGAAUCCGGAGCCUGCGCCGUCAUGGCCUUGGAACGCGUUCCGGCUGAUAUCCGAGCCCAAGGUGGUGUGGCCCGCAUGAGCGACCCACAACUCAUCAAGGAAAUCAAACAGGCCGUGACCAUACCAGUCAUGGCCAAAGCCCGAAUCGGACACUUCGUGGAGGCCCAAAUCUUGGAAGCCAUAGGCAUAGAUUACGUGGACGAGAGCGAGGUCCUUACUCCCGCCGACGAUGAGAACCACAUAAACAAGCAUAAUUUCAGAAUCCCCUUUGUCUGCGGCUGCCGGAACCUCGGCGAGGCUCUUCGGCGAAUCCGCGAAGGCGCGGCGAUGAUUCGGACCAAAGGAGAGGCCGGAACCGGGAACAUCAUCGAAGCCGUCAGGCACGUGAGGUCGGUGAUGGGGGAUAUUAGGGUUUUGAGGAACAUGGAUGACGACGAGGUUUUCUCUUUCUCGAAGAAGAUUGCGGCGCCAUACGAUUUGGUUAUGCAGACGAAGCAGUUGGGGAGGCUUCCGGUGGUGCACUUCGCUGCCGGUGGGGUGGCUACGCCGGCAGAUGCAGCGAUGAUGAUGCAGCUGGGAUGCGACGGCGUUUUUGUUGGUUCUGGGGUUUUCAAGAGCGGUGACCCUGCGAAGCGGGCCAGAGCGAUUGUUCAGGCCGUGACGCAUUACAGCGACCCGGAGAUUCUGACGGAGGUGAGCUGUGGGUUGGGCGAGGCUAUGGUGGGUCUGAAUUUGAAGGAUGAGAAAGUGGAAAGGUUUGCUAAUCGGUCUGAAUGAUAAAAUGGAAUGGACUUUGGGUAUGACGCUCCUUCUUAAAUGCUUGCGUUAUGGAAUAUCUCGAUGUUCAAGUCUGAAUGUGUUUAAUGUUGCCAAAGGAAAACCAUUGAUAUUUGUAGAUCUUCUCCACUGGUUUAUUAUUACGAUACAUUUGUAAUUUUCAAUAUUUUAUUAAAAAUUCAAAAGCAAAUCUGUUGGUUCCAUAUA